AUGAGUAACAAUAUUACGAAAAAUGAAACAAUUCAAGAAAUAUGCCAAUUGGUAAGUUGAAAAAAUUCAUUGUCAAAAUAAUUAAUAAUAUUUCAGAACACUUUGAUAGCGUUCUAUGCUCCAUAUCAAAUUGUUUAUAUAAUUAAUGUAAUUAUUUCAAUAUGCGCAAUUUUCACAGGAAUUGUUUUCAUAAAAACUCAUAUUUGGCGUUCAACAUUUCAUCAGAAUUUUAAGUUUUUAUUAUUUCUAUAUUUUUUGGCAGCAAUUAUGCAUUCAAUACUUUAUUGUGUUUCCUAUGUAAGUUUUGAAUUUUAAAAGUAUUUGUUUGGUUAAAAGUUUAACAUUCUUAUGUUCUAACUAAACAUAAGUUCUUACAUCAAAGUUCGAAAACAAAAAUAAUAAAUUUUUCAGAUUCUUUUAAUCGAACGUUUAUCAAAUUUUCAAUAUGCAUGUGAUAUAAAUCUUCAUCAAGAACCUUAUAAAAUAGUUCAUUUUAUGAUUGCAUCUUGUGUCUACAGUAUUAUGUUUAUUCAAUGUUUUAUGGUUGUUGAAAGAGUUGUGGCAACUAUUAAAGUAACAACAUACGAAUCAAAUCACAAAUCUUCGUUUUACUAUUUUUUCUUCACAUUUUUUGUGAGUUUACUGUAGUUUACAAAGCAUUAAAAUUCAAAUUAAGUGUAUAAUUGUGCCAGUUUCAUUCAUUUGUUGGGCAUAUGAAGAAGCUGAUUACUCUUAUCCAGUUAUUCAUGCAAUUAGUCCUCCAAAAGGAUCUGAUAACCGUUUGAAUAUUGUUUAUAUUAUUGGAUUUCUCACAUCAAUUUCUGCAUUGUUAGUUUUGAAAAUAUUGAAGAGAAUAAACAAAUCACAAGAAUCAAGGUAUACUCAAAACCUUCAGAGUGUUUCUCUACAUCUGAUUUUUCAGAAUCGAGUUUACAUUAUCUGGAAGAUAUCAAGCACUUGAAAAUAUUUAUACAACAAAAUUCACAACAUGUAUCCUUGUCAAUAAUAUGCUUCUAGCGGCUGUUUAUACUUUGGCGACUUUUAUUCUUCGAAAUUUUGAAUUUGCCAAAUUUUCUGAUCCUUUGUAUUCAACAGUGAAAGGAAUAUUUUAUGUGAGUUUCUUUUUUUCUUGAAAUGCUUAUUGUGCUCCUUUUUCCAGCUUAAUCCAUUGUUUGCAUUUUCUUUGCCAUUAAUAGCUAGUUGGCAGCUUUCGAAGAUCAAACGAGAAAGAUUACAAAAAUCUGAAAAAAUAAUGGCAUUGAAAACAAAAGGUCGUGAAGGUUCUGAUGCGUACAAUCAAUUAUUAAAUGAUCAAUGGGCACAACAUUUUUCAAAAUGUUGAAACGUGACCUUAAUUUUUCUAACGUUUUUUCCCGGUUAAAAUCUGUCAUUGUGAAUAAAUUAAUUGUUAUUAUCUACUAGCCAAAUGGCACAAAGUCGGUAAAAAUACAGUAAUCCAAAAUUUAAAAUUCCAAUUUUCAGACGGUAAUUAUGAAAAUUUAGCAACGGUUGCAGCGAAUGUUAAAAAAGAAAGUGAAGAUGUUGCAAGUGUUUUGAGUAAUGUUAUUGGAAAAUGGUUUGGUUUGAAAGAUAUUGUCAAGGAUUAUAUCGCAUUCAUCGGAGAAUUGAAAAAUUCUGCACUUGAUUCUUUGAUCGAUCUUCAACCAACAGUUGAAAGAGCAAAAAAAGAAUUCGAAAUAUUUAUUGAAACAAUGAUUGAACAUCGUUCAAUUUCAACACCAAAUGGUCUUCAUAUUGCUGAACUUUAUAUUUUGUCUUGCAUUUUCAUAAUUGUUUCAUGGGUUGGAACAUUGAUAGGUUUCUAUUUCGCCGGUUCUGUUCUCUCAGUUUUCCUUUUGGAUUUUGGUGCAAUUCUUAUGGCAGUUAUUGUGAUUCCUUUACUUGCAUAUUAUUGGUUUAAUGGGAAUCUUUCACUUAUCAAGAGACAAUUUCUUGCUGCAACAUUUAUUUUUGAACAAGGAAUUAUAUUUGGAUAUAUCAAUCAGAAACAUUAUCUUGAUUCUCCUUAUUUGUUUCUUACUCAAGCAGUAAGUCAUUUUCAAUAUCAUUGUUUUUUCCAAAGAUUUGUUAAACGGGAAUAUUAUAUCCAGGUUGCCUCAUUUGCAUUUCCAUUAGCUUUGGAUCACUCAUCAGAACGACCAAAAGUUCUUGGUACAGUUCUUGGUUCAACAUUAUUUGCACAAAUAUUAGCUGGUUUAUGUCUUGGCCAUCUUUCAUUGGGUUUUCUUAUUAUUUCAAUUCUUUAUACUGCUCUUGCAAUUGCACUUAUUCAAUUCACACUUGGAUAUCGUCAAAGAAUCGAUUUUGAUGAUGUAUUUGUAUCAAUGCAUUAUGUAUUCAUUCUUGCCACAUUCAAAUCAAUUGGUUUGUGUUUAUUUGGAUUAACUUCGGAUCAAUAUAGUAGCCAACAUUGA